GGUGGACACCACGUACCAUCCCGCCUUACCACCCUAAUAAUAGCUACAAUUUGAAAUUUGUUCAUUAAUUUUUUAAAUUUUUUACCUUUUUCUCUUUUUGCUAUUCACACUUCGUUCUUUUUAUUUCUCAUAUUUUCACACUAAAGAAUGGAAGCUAAAAAGGAAAUAAAAACAAAGAAACCUAGAUAAUGAUAAGCUAAUAGAUUCACGGGGGAGAGAUUUUCUAUUCCUUUGUCACCAAGAAGACCUUCAAUCGCAUUACAUUCCUUCAUGGGUUUUAAAUUUGUCCUUCCAUUGAUUAGCAUAUGAGCUUGUGUCAUUGAAGAAAAAACAAGAAAGGAAUUUUUUUACACUGAUGUGCAUUGACGAUGGACAUAAGCUUUGUUCGAUAAUGGUGAAACCCAAGAGAUCAAGAAGGAAAAAGAAUGCCUCAAGUGGAGACAAUUUAGAAUCUGUGACUACUGGUCAAGGAACAGCUGAUGGCAAAAGGGCGUUGUAUCACUGCAAUUAUUGCAACAAAGAUAUUAGCGGGAGAACUCGUAUAAAAUGUGCUGUAUGCUCUGAUUUUGACUUAUGUAUAGAGUGCUUCUCUGUUGGUGCUGAGGUGCAUCCUCACAAAAGCCAUCACCACUAUAGGGUCAUGGACAUCUUAGCUUUCCCGCUUAUCUGCCCGGACUGGAAUGCUGACGAAGAGAUGUUGCUUCUGGAGGGAAUUGAAAUGUAUGGCAUGGGUAAUUGGGCAGAAGUAGGUGAGCAUGUCGGAACAAAGUCCAAAGAAGUCUGCGUCGAUCAUUUUAAGGACGCAUACUUAGACUCACCUUACUUUCCUCUACCGGAUAUGACUCAUGUCAUGGGGAAAAACAGAAAGGAACUCCUUGCCAUGGCUAAAGAGAAUUUCACAGAUAAGAAAGGACUCUCCUCAAUAGGUGAAGUUGUUCCUAAAGAUGAAUCAUUCUCUCCAUCUCGAGUCAAAGUUGAAGACUCACAUAGAAAUGGUCCCUCGGGCCGUUUAACUUCUGUGUCCAAUGCGGGAAUCACAGGCAUAAAAAAGCCAUCCAGCAAGUCGCAAAUCAAAGACCAAAAUGAACUUGUAAAAUUGGAAGAUAAUUCUUCAGGCAGAAAUUUCGGAGGCAAGAAACCUAAAUCUUUGAAGGAUGAUGGAUCCUCAUUGAUGAAGUUAAGUGGAUAUAACCUCAAAAGGCAAGAGUUUGAUCCUGAAUAUGAUAAUGACGCGGAGCAACUAUUGGCUGAUAUGGAAUUCAAGGAAACUGAAACCGAAGAGGAGCGCGAACUUAAGUUGCGUGUUCUGCGUAUCUAUUCCAAGAGGCUUGAUGAAAGAAAGCGCCGCAAGGAUUUUAUUCUAGAGAGGAAUUUACUCCAGCCAAGUGAAUUUGAGAAGAAUUUGUCUCCAGAAGAGAAAGAUAUAUGCCGACGUUAUGAUGCCUUUAUGCGCUUCCUCUCCAAGGAAGAGCAUGAAGAAUUACUAAAGACUCUGGUCACAGAACAUAGAUAUCUGAAAAGAAUACAAGAACUGAAGGAAGCGAAAGCUGCUGGUUGUCGUUCAUCAGCUGAAGCUGAGAGAUACUUAGAAAGGAAAAGGAAGAGGGAGGUUGAAGAUGGUGUUCCCAGAAAAGAAAGUUCUCAGAUUGGUCCAACGAGCCAGGAAAGCCUGAACAUGCCUGCUUCCUCUGACUCACUUGGAACACAUUCAAAUAGAAAACCUUGUAGCCAGGCGAAUUUGAGUUCCAUCACUUACUCGGGGGUAGCAUCUUUUUCCACAGGAGAACUGUUAUCUGAACCUGAGAAACAGCUAUGCCGAGAAAUCAGGUUAUCGCCACAACAUUAUCUUAGGAUGCAAGAGGUUCUUACAAUACAAAUUUACAGUGGCAAUAUCACUAGAAAAUCUGAUGCUUAUCCCUUGUUCGCAAUAGAAGCUACUAAAGUAGAUAGAGUUUAUGAUAUGCUUUUGAAGAAAGGAGUUGCACCAUUGUGAAAAAUUGUCAAGACAUUAUCCUUUUAGGUUUAAAUGACAUUUCCUAGUUUUCUCU